GACUACAGCAUUCAGGCUAAUUUAAGGGAAGAGGAGGCGGAGGAGGAGGAGGAGGAGGAGGAAUAGGAAGCUGAGCUGGUAGUUUGAGACAGGGAGGAAGGUGACUAAUAGUGAAUGUCACUCAGCCUACUGUAACUCGGUUGGUGGGAGGAGGAGUGGCGGCACAACCAGUGAACCGGCAUAUGUAUGCAGUAGUUGGUCUCACCCAGCCAGCAAAAAACUGUCUGUCUCUGUCAGAGAGUGUGUGUAUUGACACGUGGAGAAGCAGAUAUCUCUUGGAUACACUAUGUUGUCUUUGGGAUAGCUGGAGAGUUACCGAUUGCCAUCCACUUUCUCCAGCCACCAGACAUGUAGUCAGCAGCUGUAAGCAGAGCGUUUUCCUCUUUGUGAACUCUUUUCUUCUCAAACAGCUUCUUCUACCUCUCGGGCUGGACUGCGGUGCACUGACGUCGGCUCGCCCUCCCCUGCCCCCUCGCCCCCCAGCAAUGGCCUCACGCAUCGGGCUGCGGAUGCAGCUGAUGCGAGACCAGCUGCAUCAAGAGGAGCAGCGUGAGCGGCAGCAGCAGCAGCAACAAAAUGCAUUCCUGCAGCCCUACAUGCAACAGCAACGCAUGGCUGGGCCACCUGCACCCACCCCAGCCAUCAGCACCCCACAGCAUUACCAAAGCAUGCAGGUCCCCGUGGAGGUUCUUAAGGUACAGACCCACCUCGAGAAUCCUACAGACUACCACAUCCGUCAGUCUCGGAGGCAACAGGUGAAAGAAUACCUGUCUACCACCUAUGCCACCAAACAGACAGUCCACGCAGUAGCAGGACCCGUUCCACCCUCUCCUCCCACAAACAUGGGACCCACAGGGGGAUCAGCCUCUGCCCCCCCACCCCUCCAGUCCCCACACAUGCGCACCGAGCAACUCAUGUCUGGCAACAGUGCACCCAACAGCCCCAUGGCCAUGCUCAACAUCGGCUCCAGCCACGAGAAUGAGAUGGAUGAGGUUAUUGAUGACAUCAUCAGCAUGCAGUCCAAUUACGAUGAUAUUCAGGCAUACAUUGAUCCUGUCCACAUGCCCAACACACUCCCUCUGUCAAGCAGUCAUCUGGAUGUGUAUACAGGUCCUGGGAUGAAGGGGCCAGCCAUUGCUAUGACUAGUAACUCCUGUCCUGCCAACCUGACCAUCAAACGAGAACUGUCAGACACAGAAGCCCGUGCGCUGGCCAAGGAGAGACAGAAGAAAGACAACCACAAUCUGAUUGAAAGGAGGAGGAGGUUCAACAUCAAUGAUCGUAUCAAAGAGCUGGGCACCAUGAUCCCCAAAACCAAUGACCUUGUGUACAGUGAUGUGCGCUGGAACAAAGGCACUAUAUUGCGGGCGUCUGUCGAGUACAUCAAACGCAUGCAGAAGGAUGUGCAGAGGACCAGAGAGGUGGAAAACAACUUCAAAAGGAUGGAGAUGGCCAACAAACAGCUGUUGCUACGCAUCCAGGAGCUAGAGAUGCAGGCUCAACUGCAUGGGCUGCCCAGCACCUCUCCCUCUGGCCUGAACCCCGGUGACCUGAUGGCUCCUUAUAUAAAACAAGAGACCAGCCCAGAGGAGAAGCUUUCUCACCCCCAAGUACAAGCCCACCAGCAGUCCCAGCACCUACCCCAGAACCAGGCUCAGCCCCAGGCCCACCAGCACCACUUCCUCCCGCAAAACCACCUCCACCCUCAGGGGCAGGUUCAGCCCCAGGCCAGGCAGCUGCCACCGCUACCCCAGCACCUCCAGCCCCAGCCACCCAUCCAAUACCCAGCUGUAGGCAGCUCCCAGCCCUUUGACUUUGCCCAGUCGCUGGACUUGUGCGAUGGGAUACCUGGCUUCUCAGAUGGCAUGUCGGGGCUGGGUGACCUGGGUGGACUGGACGUCCAAGGGAGGAGAGGUGAGCUGGGCUUCCUAAUGAUGGAUGAGCCCUUGUCCCCAAUAGGCGGAGACCCACUGCUCUCUGCAAUGUCCCCUGAAGCCUCGGUCGACUCCAGCCGCAGAUCCAGCUUCAGCAUAGAGGAUGGAGACAUACUGUAGACACAUGCACACAUGCAUUCAUAGAAGCACAGGCAUGCACAUGCAGAGGUUUCACAGAGGGUGCAGUAAACAUGUAAAACAGCUUGAAAAGUGAGAAUACAUCAACACAAACUUUGACACAAUUACAGCACACACAGCGAAAGAAAUCAGCUACCAGACGUCACAAAUUCACCCAGCACAAACUCACAACAUGCUGCACAUACUAUACACAUCACACAGUUUGAAGGUACACCAUUGACACUCAUUUGUGGUACAAUUAUCUGUUAACAGGUUCAGACAAAAGAAGGUACACAGCUGUCAGACAGUUGAAAACAUUCUGUACAGUGCAACCAUUUGUGCACAUAGGCAAGUGUGCAUGAGAUAACUUGAGCAGCUUGAAACUUUGCCCAACAGACUGAGCAUUUACAAGGGGGUGAACCAACACUGCCAGGUCAGGAGUUAUAUAGCGCACUUGGCUUUGUUUCCAUAAAGGUGGCUCUGAAUCAUAAUUGAACAUAGGACAAAAACCAGCAGUUAAUUAGAUUGAAGUUAUCAGAUACAAGGACAACCGAGCACAUUGUCUCACUUGAUAGAGGACAAGUUAUUUUUCCCUUUACAUCAGCCUCUUUUAGCAACCAUAAAUGAUUGAAUGAACGAUAGUGAAUAAAAUGGAAAUAGCUUUAUGGUCCUGCAUGCAUAAUUUAUCUUAAGGGGAAACAGUCCAGUCAUAUUGUUCUGCUCCUCAAUCUGUUCUUCCACAGUUUUUCUUUGACCCUAAGUGCUUGCUGCUUGGUGUUUGACAAAGAUCUGUUUUCAUUCAUGCAUCUAGCCCACUUUUAAAUGUAACUACUGUCCCCUCACAAACACACACACACACACACACACUGCAGCCCCUCAGUUUCUACACCUGUAACACUUUAUACACUGUAAUGACGUUUAUCCGCAGACACUGUAAAGAGUGUUGACUUUGGAAAAAGAGUAAAGAAAGAAAAUCAUUUAAUGGUCUUCAAAAAACAGUGUCAUCCAAAUCUGUGAGGUGUCGAAAUACUCAGGUACUGUAACAGAAUACACAAGCAGGAUCGUUUUUUAAGUAGAAGCAGAUGUUAAACUGAACUGUGUCAGGGCCGUAACCCCUAUCAAUGUGCCUCUUGAUUUUUGCAGCUGCCGCUCCUCAAAGGUGUGUUUUUAUAGGUUAGAGGUCAUGACCAGGGUUUAGACUUAAUAUCAACUUCAGUUAUGCCUGUAAAUGCUUUAGAGUUGCCUUCUGUACCAGAUAUACCCUUAUUAAUGCAGGAGAUAAACAUUAAAUGUUUCUCUCACUUUGUAGGGCUUGUUCCAGAGGCCCAGAUGAAGGAAAGAGUGACAGGGUUUGUAGUAGUCUUCACUGUAAAAGCGUUAGCACACACUUGCAUGCAUUCACGCCCAGUUCUAAAACAGGCACAUUUUGAUCAUUUGGAUGCCUGCCCAGUACACACAUAUGCAUUGUUGUGCUCACACACAUACAUACACAUACAGUGCAGUGUGCCUUGAGGCUGCUCAAAUCAGCACAUAAACAAGUCUCCUGUGCUUCAGUGUCUCUCCCCUGACGAGUCGAGUGAAGCCACCGGCUGCAGAGGUAAACCACAGGCCUGCUGUUCAAACUGCCACAUAAAGGGAAUCCGUUAUCCCACUGGCUACUGUUGUCAGAGCAAUGGCUGGGGCAGGUUGAGGUGUAGCUAAGUUGUAUCUCUGCUGUGGUAGACCUGAGGCUUGGCUUUGAUUUGAUAUAGCUUAUGAUCAUUACUGAUAAAGGUAGGAAAAAAACUUUGAUGGUGAUUUUUUUUUAAAUUAAAAGAAGUGUUUGUUUUCUUUAUUAUAGUUUGUUGUUUAUUUUAUCUCCCAAAGCACUGGAAACUAUAUUAUUGUUUUGACUUUGUACAUGGAAGAAUUAUGAGAUAAGAUUUAUUUCAGACAUUUUAUGCCACUAAGCCACUUAAAUGUAUUUUAUUUGUAUUUGUUGUUUUAGUUUUAUUUCAGUUUUAUUCCAAAACUACCCUUUCUGCUCAAAGCCAUUUUCAGUAAGUACACUGUCAAGACCUUUAUGCCAUUAAUGUUUCACUGGGGAAUGAGUCAGGAGCCAUUUAUAACCUUCCAUAUUUCAAGUGACUUUAGAGAGAUGAAGAUAUUAUGUACAUUUAUGAUACCAUUUUUAUAUGAUUGGGAUUUUAUUUUUCUCUCUGUUUGAACAUUGAAAUUUGGAGUCAGACAUAGAUUAAAGGUGAUUCUUUGAUUUGAUUAAAUUCAAAUUGCUCAUUUUAUGAAUGUAAGGUUUACCAGUGGUUCUGGUCAGGCUGAAGCAGGUUGGCGUUUUUCGCCAUGUAUCCUUCCUCCCUGACUUUGGUUUCCUUGGAGACCAGAAAACGACUGACUUCACAUAAACUCUGAGCCGAGGAGUUGCAUCACUGACUCUGUGUUUGCCUUUGUCUGUCUGCCAGAGUUGUGCCUUUUCCCUAUCAGCUACAGUUUGACUAUUGUACUGUCACCUAGCCAACACUCCAAAGAGCUGCUCGGGCCUCCUCUUCUUCCACUAGAGGGCGCUCCUGCAGAGCAAACUGCACAGGGAAAAGUGGUUCUGAUUUUACUGAGAAUAUAAAAUGUUUUACCAGAAACCA